AUGCCGGAGAUUGAGAACAAGCUGAAAGAACUGGGCUACGAGCUACCCCCGCCCCGUGCGCCGGGAGCCGGGAAUAUCAUCCCCGCGGUGAAGACCGGAAACUUGGUCUUUAUGUCGGGCACCGGGCCCGGCAUGCCCGGGGGCGGGCUGCUGCACGUCGGCAAGCUGGGCGGCGAGGUAACUGUCGAGCAGGGUUACGAUUGCGCCCGGCAGACGAUGCUGAACCUGCUGACCAGCCUCAAGCGAGAGAUUGGCGACCUGGACAACGUCAGCCGGAUCGUCAAGCUGCUGUGCAUGGUCAACUCCACGCCGGACUUCGGCGACACGCCCCGAGUGGCCAACGGAGCAUCGGACCUUCUGAUCAGCCUCUACGGCGACCGGGGACGGCACGCCCGCUCCGCCGUGGGCAUGGCCACGCUGCCCGGCGGUAUGCCCAUCGAGAUCGAGAUGAUCGUCGAGGUCAACGACUAG